ACCGGUCAGCGCGUGAGGAGAGCUGACGACACACCCACGACUAACGUCAGGUGAAGUGUUCACAGGCGGAUACAAGAAGAUACCAGUUUGGUGUCGUUUUUUCAACGCCCCAGAAGCUGUAGCAGCUUAAGAAGGUGAACUGCAAGGACCCAUCUGAAAAUGCAGAUAAAUAAUUUAACAUCCUCAGUCACGUUGCUUUAUAAAGACUUAAUUCAAAAUGCAGACUCUCGGACAAACGACUGGUUGCUCAUGUCGUCCCCUUUCCCACAAACCUUCAUCAUCGUGGCAUACAUUUACUUUGUGACGUCCCUGGGGCCAAAGAUAAUGGAGAAUCGCAAGGCCUUUGACCUGAAAAGUGUUCUGGUUGUUUACAACUUCAUUGUGGUCGUGCUGUCGCUGUACAUGUGCUAUGAGUUUGUAAUGUCAGGAUGGGGCACAGGAUAUUCAUUUCGUUGCGACCUGGUUGACUACUCGAAUUCUCCACAGGCCCUGAGGAUGUUGGCUGUGUGUUGGCUUUACUACUUCUCAAAGUUCAUCGAGAUGUUGGACACGAUUUUCUUUGUGUUGAGGAAGAAAAACAGCCAAGUGACAUUUCUCCAUGUCUACCAUCACUCCAUCAUGCCUUUCACCUGGUGGUUCGGUGUUCGUUUUGCUGGUGGUGGCCUUGGAACAUUUCAUGCUCUGCUUAACUCCAUUGUCCACGUCAUCAUGUACUCCUACUAUGGUCUGAGUGCUAUGGGCCCCAAAUAUCAGAAGUACCUCUGGUGGAAGAAAUACCUCACUACAAUCCAGCUGAUCCAGUUUGCGAUGGUGACUACCCACAUCUCCCAGUAUUUCUUCAUGAAGGACUGCCCCUACCAGUUCCCCAUCUUUGUGUACAUCAUUGGUCUGUACGGCCUGAUCUUCCUGUUCCUUUUCCUCAACUUCUGGUACCACGCCUACACCAAGGGCAAGAGGCUGCCUAAAGUUCUGCAGGCUCAGACAUGGGCGUUCCACACCAACCGGGUCAUGAAUGGAACUGCCAAUCACGGCAAGCCCGAGUGAUGCGCAACUUGCCCGUUCUGACAGUUUCGGGGUAAACUUCAAAACCACAGGUGGUGGCGCGGAUGGUGUGAGUUUCAGCUCUAAAUAUUUGGACCUUUUUUGUUUGUUUGUUUUUGUUUUUUUUUUUCCCCAAAAAAAAGACAUUUAAAAUUUAUGAACUAGGCUUUAUGGUAAGACCUGAACUCAAGGCUUAAGUUGUUUUACACAGGAUGUUUAUUUUAAGUCCUUCUAUGGAUUUGUCCAGAUAACAUCACAUUCUGCUGCCAUAUGAUUUCAACACAUCAAUUCACUUUUCACACUGACUAAACAGCUUCACCUAAGCUGUACAUGAAAACAGGAUCUCCUGAAAAUAAAAAAGAACUAAUAUUUAGAUGUAUAUUUUUAAUGCAUUAAUAACUUGAUGCUACUGCAUGGAGGAGUUUUUAGGAAAUUGAGUUUAAGAUUUUAGUAGAGCACUGGAAAGCUCGAGGGUUAAUUUCACUUGGCCUAAAAUGAUGACCGCUCUGGUCAACAUUUUGUUUUUAAAGAUUUGGUGAUAAGACUCCACACGUUGUUUAUGAAGUUGCACACUGGCUGGAUUCACACUACUGCUGAUGGAACAAGCUCAACCUCAUGUCACACACGUUCUCCUAUGAAGCAACAGUGUGAGAGUGACGCCAGGGUGGUUGACUGAAUGGAGCACUGCUUCUAAACAGGCUGCACAGCUGAGUUUCAGAUUUAGUUUCACUGCUUCCCAACUGAAACUCCACAUAGAAAGAACAAAAUAAUUAUUAAAAAAAACCCAUUGCGUACCUUUACAUAUAUUCAUUCAUCCAUUCAUUAUCAGCCAGGAAACAUGAGCAGCUUUAAAUAUAUAU